AUGGCCUGGCAGGGGCUGGUGCUGGCCGCCUACCUCCUCGUGCUCCCCUCCGCCAUGGCGGACUGCCUGACCCGGUGCUCCUUGUGUGCUGUGAAGACCCAGGACGGGCCCAAGCCUGUCGACCCUCUGAUUUGUUCCCUGCAAUGCCAGUCCACUCUGCUACCGGCUGAGGAGUGGGAGACAUGCCAAGGCCUUCUGUCCUUUUUCACCCCCUUCACCUUCGGGCUCAAUGGCAAAGAAGACUUGGAGACCAAGGCCGCUUUGGAGGAGUCCUAUAGUGAGCUGGCCAAGCGCUCUGGGCCCUUCCCGAAGGAGCUUGAGAAAAACAGAUUUCUCCUCAGCACCCCAACAGAGGAGAAUGCCCUGAGCAGGAGCCUGGCGGAGAAGCUCCGGGGUUUCUCUGGCAGGUUGGGUGAGGGAGGGGAGUCUGAGCUGAUGCGGGACACCCAGCUGAAUGAUGAUGCCUUGGAGGCUGGGGCAUUGGAUUCCAAUGAGGAGGACAUCAAGGAGCAGGUCAAACGCUAUGGGGGCUUCUUGCGCAAAUACCCCAAGAGAAGCUCAGAGGUGGCUGGGGAAGGGGACGGGGACGGAGGUAGGGUGGGCCAUGAGGACCUGUACAAACGCUACGGCGGCUUCUUGAGGCGCAUCCGUCCCAAGCUCAAAUGGGACAACCAGAAGCGCUAUGGAGGUUUUCUCCGGCGCCAGUUCAAGGUGGUGACUCGGUCUCAGGAAGACCCCAAUGCCUACUCUGGAGAGCUUCUUGAUGGGUAA